GUUCCAGCUAAUUUUCGAAAACAGAAACCGUGACAGGAACAUAGAAUGGAAGUCGAUGAGGAAUCUGUGAAGAGCGUCAUACGGGAUUCAAGUGCGACGGAAGAGGAAUUUCAAAAUUUCAUGCACCGUGUACAUCAGGUUGAGAAAAUCGUGAAGAAACUUGCGUCAGACAAUCCUCAGGAACAGAAGUUGGGCACGAUGCUCGCUGACGAAAUCUUGGACCCGAAAGUGACGACGGAAAUUUCCGAUGUUGGAGAGUUGAAAAUCAAGAGCAGCCGAACGGUCAUUAACAAAAUACCGCUGACCGAACAGGAAUCGGACCCAAACAAAAUGUCACAAGAGGCGUUCAUGAAGAGUGUAGAAAAGGAUGCAAAACAAAGGGCAGAGGAUAGGAAAAUAAGAAAUGAACGAGCAGAUACGUUUAAGAGGAUCGCCAACAAAGCAUUUAAGGAGCAGAAUUAUGAAAAGGCUAUUACUUACUACACCAAGGCUGUAGAACAGAAGAAAGACUCCGCUAUGCUUUGGAAUAAUAGAGCUCUUUCUUACAUGAAAUUGGGUCUGUAUGAAAAAGCUCUGAACGACUGUGACUGGGCUCUAAAAGUAAACGAAUAUAACAUCAAAGCACUUCUGAAUGGCGCCAAGUGCUACAAGUUUUUGAGGCAAUACAAAAAAUUUGACGAAUUUAUUCACAGAGCUAAAGAAUCAAAUCCUGAUCUGAUUGACUUUAUUGAUGAAUUCGUGGAAAACUUGGAUAAUGAGGUAAAAGUUCCACUGAGACAAGAGGUGGGCUACGAAUAAUAUUUGUACAGAAGUAAUGAAUAAUGUCCGAUGUUUCAACUGAACAACGAGAUUACACAAGGCAUUAAUUGGAGUUUUGGUGGUCAAUAAAUAUAGUACAAUUUAUUUGUAACAAAAAUACUUAUUAUGUCACAAUUUUUUACAAUGCAAUAACGAAUUACGUACGUGUAUAAA